UAUUGAGAUUCACAUCAGUUGGGUCUGGGCUGUUGGGGUUGCGCAGCAGCAGGGGGGGGGGGCUUCCGCCUGAGUGAAGCUGUGAAGUUGAAGUGGGGUGGUUUUACUUUGGUUUCACUUCACUCUUACUCGGCUGUCGACUGGCAGUCAUCAAUCAACUUCCUCACUCAAUAUCACAGCCAUGACCAACAUCGACCCAUCCCUACCAACCAACAACAACAACAACAACAGCUCAAACAACCCAAGCAGCACGGUCAACAGCAACACCAACAACAACAACAACAACAACAACACAAACCACAAUCGGAAACGAUCUAGACAGUCAUCAUCAGAAGAUCUACUAUCAACCGACCAUGACCUAUCAUCACUCGACCCAACCCUAUCGGCCAUCAACGAUAGCAUGGCUGCCGAUACUGCCAACCUACUCAACCAUCACUCACAACACACCCCAAAGAGAAAGAGAGACUCCUCCGAUCAACUUCGCCAAUCAGAUCUCGAUCAUCAUCAGGACAACAACUCAAACAACCGUCCCUCUCUCGACACUCUCCAACUAGCUCACCUCAUCACCUCUAUCCAAGCACAUCAACAGCCCCCCUCAUCAUCCGUACCCAUCGAACCAAGCUCUAGUUCUCAUCUGGCUGGAUACAAUAUCCUGCCUGACUAUCUCCUUCCAUCUGAGCCCACAAUCGAGCCAGAGUGGAAGGAGAAAUUCGAGAUCGUUCUGAACCCAUUAAAGCUAGAGAUCUCUCGCCUUCGAUCACGCAUCGAAAUCUUGGAGGAUGAACGAUUGGUGAUGGCUCGCGAGAUCACCUCGUUGAAGGGAUCUCACAAUAUCCCCUCUGAUCUCCCUCCUCGAUCCUUCCCUGGAUCUACCCAUCAAAUCCCACUCCCUGCAGCCAGAGAUAACCCAAGAAUGACAACCAUCCUCGGUAAUUCAACCCUACAUAACCAUGCCUUGGAUAUUCCCGUAGGCCCACUACCGGAGAUCGGAUCGAGCAGCCAAGCUCACUCGACUGCCGGCUUGAAUCAUCAGCUUGCUGCCUCUGCUUCUUCGGGCACCAAGCCUGUCAUCCCACAAUCAGUUAUCAACUCCUCCUCCAAGUUCGAGACUGGCACUAGUUUUCGUCGGCAGAGCACCCGAAAGAAGUCCGAAGCACCAAGCUCAUUCAAUACUUCACCUGCCUCAAACGCCACCCAAGCCAGUAACAACCGAUCCAAGCAUCGCAAGCCAGAGCUUUCUCGGACGGUCCGGGCGACCGUGUUCAGGCUGAUGGGAGUCUCAUCGAGCCAGUCACCGGUACCCAGUGAGGCUGGCCUGCCGAGCGAGACCUGCAGCAAGUUCGGGAACGAGAAGAGCCGGGCCUACCACGGUUAUACCACCUCGCCCUGUUUCCCGGAGUACACCCCCGACGAGCUCUACGAUCCGGUCACCAAGGCCCGUAUCUGGCGUUGGGAUUGGUCCAAGACGAUCCGCCAGUCCCAGAACAACACUAACUUUGCCAAGGAGAUCCGGAACGUGAUCGCGCGUGAGGCGGCCGAUCCGAUCCGUCCCAUGCACACCGAGGUCCCGUGUAGCGACUGGCUCUAUCUCGACGACGCUAUCGAUUCUGCCUACACUAACAUGCGCAGAGAGAGAGAGAACCUGAUCGACCCUACUAAGAUGGUCAAGAAGGAAGUCCAUCGGGCGCGUAAUAAGAAGCGUGGACUGAAGGAAGACAAGUAUAAACGUCGCCGAAAGGCUCUUGAUGAGUAUCGGGCAGACCCUCAAAGCUUUGGCCAAAGACUGCGGGAAGCGAAUCUGAGGAUGACAGAGAAACCGAUUCUUGGAGAUGGAUUAGUGGGGGAGGAGGAGCAGUCUGGGAGAGGACAGCGAUCGGGGGAAACAGAAGAUGGGGCAGGGAGAGCAGCAGCAGCAGCAGAAGAAGAAGAACGAUGGGAUGAUGCGUUGGAUAUUAAGUAUAUGUCGAGUGAAGAUGAGGGACAUGUCAACGAUUUCGAGAAUCCGAUCGGGAUCGGAACCGAGAAGACUGACAAUACGCUCGCCGCAUCGGAUAAAGUGUUUGCGAUCUGUCGCCCCACUUGGAGGUCCGACCAGCUCCACAAUCUCUUCUCGGUCCUCGACAUCAUCAAACAACCCGAACGGGCCUAUCGUAGAGUCUUGGGCCCCUAUCGCGACACUCGUCCUCCCCUAGGCACUCCCUCCUGGAUGAUCAAUCCUGCUUGUGAAGCCUCCAAUCCUCUCGGGCCUUCCGCGUCUUCUUCUUCCACCACUACCACCUCUGCUGCUGCUGCUGUUGCUGCUCCUUCUAACUCUCGAUCACUUCCCCUUCCUUCUACUUCUACUUCCGCUUCUGCUUCUGCUUCCGAUACUGCUCUUGUCAAUCAUGACGCUUCUUUGACUGCUCAAAAAACUUGACUAUCCUGCUUUCUGAUCUCUCUCUUUUUUGUAAGAAAAAAAAAAGAAGGCUCUGUCUCUUUUUUUUUUGAAAAAGGAAG